UAGCAAGAGCCGGAUUUGGAAUCGUGAAUCAUAAAUUUAUAAACAUGGACAAAAUAGGAUAUUCUGCAAAAUAUAUAGAGAUCUAGAAGGUUGAGAUGUUUACAUGCAUGAUCAUAUAUUAGAACAACCGCCAAGAUGAGCAAACUACCGGGUCUCAAACCACCAUCAAAGAUCAGCAAGCCAUCAGGUAUACCCAAGACAGGGAUUCCUGGUACAGCCUCCUCCAGCAAAUCUACAAUCGCUGCAAGAGGACUCGGACAAGAUGUGGAGAGCACACCAGCAAAGAGAGGUCCUGAGCCAAAUUCUGGGGGAGACGACAUAAUCAUUGGAGACAGAGUAUGGGUUGGAGGAACUAAGCCAGGACAUAUCGCUUAUAUCGGAGAGACGCAGUUUGCCCCUGGUGACUGGGCAGGCGUUGUUCUUGACGAACCUGUAGGAAAGAAUGACGGUAGCGUUGCCGGUGUCAGAUACUUUCAGUGUGAACCGAAACGUGGCGUCUUUUCAAAACUAGCCAAACUUUCUAAGGAGCCGCCAGAGUUACAACCGCCAGUCAUGCCUGUCACCCCCGUGAACCGCAUCAGUAUGGCUAAAUCCGGUGCUACCAACGGGAACGCCUCAAAAAUGACGGCACCGAAAUCAGGCCUUGCUCGGAGAACUUCAACAGGGUCCUCUACCAAUUUAUCCAAAACAUCUCCAGCGGGGUCCAUGACUAAUUUACAUGCAGACACUGCUAAAAUGAAAGCUGGUGACCGUGUUUUAGUGAGUGGUUCAAAAGCUGGAAUUCUGCGCUUUAUAGGCGGGACAGAGUUUGCCAAAGGAGAAUGGGCUGGUGUCGAGCUGGAUGAGCCGCUAGGGAAGAAUGAUGGUGCUGUUGCAGGGAAAAGAUAUUUCAGUUGCAAGCCCCUGUUUGGCUUAUUCGCACCAAUCCACAAAGUCGCCCGGGUCUCUGGAGGAGGUGAUACAUCAACCCGGCGUUCCUCCAUCAGUAAACUGACCGGUCUGUCGAGUCUCUCGCGCGAGCGAAGCGGCAGUCAGGACUCUGUGAGCUCCAUCAGCUCCACGGCCUCGAGUCUGUCCCGUAGUAGGGUAAGAUUGGGAGUCACGUCACUGAAUAGCCAGCAGAAGACAAAAGUCAAAUCAUAUCAUGACGAUUUGUCGUCACUGCCAAGUCGAACCGUUAAAAGCAAUUCCCCAGCCAACAAGACUCCGGGGUCAAGUCAGCGUCCAAGCUCACUGAACUUGAGCGCAACCACAUCGGCCCUUCAGCGUAAGACCUCUAGAUCAAAAUCAUCGACCCUUGAUGAUCUGUCCGAGAUAUGGAAGGCCCUCAAAGAGAAGGAGGAACACAUUGAACAGCUCCUGCGGGAGCGUGACAUGGAAAGAUCGGAGGUGGCCAGAGCAGCAGCCCAGGUCGAUGAAGCCGAGAACCAGUUACUUACCCUGAGGAACGAACAUGAGAAAUACAUGGAAGAAAAUGAUGAGAGCAUGACCAAGCUGAAGACCUUGAUUACGAAACUGGAGAAAGAGAAGGUGGAUAUUUACUCACAGAUGGAGGAGGAGAAAAGGAAAGUUGAAGAUCUUCAGUUCAGAAUGGAGGAAGAGGAGAUAAACAAAGAUGACUUGACUUCGAAAAUGGAGGAUGAAUCUUCAAAAAUAGCGUCUUUUGAAAAAGCUUUGAAAGAAGAACGGGCAAAAAAUAAGGCCCUUGAUGAUAAGGUUAAGACGCUAAAGGAAUUAUAUGAAAAGAACAAGGUUGAGCAUCGCGAUGCUGAAGAUUCCGCCGUGGCCUACCUCGACCAGAUUGAAGAGCUCACUCAUAAACUCUCUCAGGCUGAGAACAAGAUCAAGGUGUUUGAAGAGACCAAGAGUCAAGUUGGUGCAAAGGCGGGUCAGCUGUCUGAAGCCAUCAACGAGAAGAAUGCGAAGAUCAGUGAUUUGGAGCAGAUGCUACAUAAUAAAACUAAAGAUAUGAAGAGCACGGAGGCCAAACUGAAUGGAUUGACGGAGGAGCUUCAAGAAGCAAAGAGAAAGAGUAAAAAGCAACAGGAUAAUAUCGAUGACCUGAUGGUGAAGCUUGCUAAGAAUGACAGCAAUGCCAACAACCUGAACACAGAGAUGCAGACUCUCAGGUCGCAGGUCUCAGAUCUCCAGAGACAACUUGAGGCCAGUGAAGCCAAGUCUGAGCAACUCUCAAAUGACAAGGCCAAGUUGGAAAAUCAAAUAGCCGAGCUGAUGAAAAAUUCAGGUGAUAGCUCCCAGCAGCUGUCCCUGAUGAAUGAACAGCUACGAGAAAGAGAUAGAAAAUUGGAGGAAAUACAAGACGACUUGUUGAGCUCUUCUCAAACAAUAGCUAGAUUAUCAGAACAGUAUGAACAAUUACGGGAGAAGGCGGGGAGUGAAAUGGAUUUAAUUUUAUUGAAACAUCAAGAGGAUUUUAAGAUCCAGCAGGAGAAAUUUAAUGACUUACAAAAUGACCUUGAUACAGCCAAUGCCAAAAUGACCAAACUUACUAAGAGCCACAAACAGGAGAUUGACGAUGUAAUUACCGAAAAAGACAAGGAAGUAAACCAAAUGAAAUUAAAAUUAUCAAGCAAUUCAGACAGUGAGAGGAAAUUACUGGAGGUGGUGGAGACUGCACGACAGAAGGAACUUGCCCUGGCCACAGAGAGGGAUAAUGUUAAGUUUGAUAAGGAAAAAUUGGAAAAGCUUGUAAAGAAACUUGAACAAGAGAAAGAUGCUCUUGAGGAGGAGAAAUCUAAGGUUGAGUUUGAACGGGAUGAGCUUGAACUGGAAAAGAAGGAAGCCUCGUCAGAGAAGGGAUCAGCCGCAGAGAAAGUGACGCAGCUGACGGUCGAGAAGCAACAACUGGUCCUGGAGAAGGAACAGCUUGUGAAGGCUCGCGACACCCUGAAGGGUGAGAAGGAAGCCAUUCAGAAAGAGAAGGAGGAUAUAAUGAAGGAGAAAUAUGUGAGUCAAGCUAGUCUGGAGGAGAGGAACACCAGGGUAAAGGAUUUAGAAAAUGAAGUUGGUAAAUUGAAACAGGAGUCCAACAACCAGCUGAAGACUUUGGAUCAGAUGCGGAGUGAGCUAGGAAAUGUUGCAGUCUUUAGGGAUAAAUUUGAGGAACUUAAACAGAAGAUGGAGGACCUCCAGUUCCAGCACCAAGAAUCAGAGAUAGAACAAGAAAGUCUUCUCGCAGAGAUUAACAGACUCAAACACAUAGAGGAGGAUAAGAUCUCGCUCGAGAAACAGCAGACAGCCCUGAGGAAACAGAUUGAGGAGAUGACAUCAAAAAUCAGAGGUACAAUGGAAGGUUUCGAAGCUGAGCGUGCCUCCAUGCAGACGUCGCUCGAGACGACAACAAAGCUACUGAAACAACGGGAGAAGGAGCUGGAGAAGCAGAGAUCAGAGAUCAACAACCUCCAGACCGAGACAUCGCGUGCUAAUACCUACCGCCAGACGGCCCAGAACUAUGAGAAAGACAAUAAAAAUCUCAAAGACCGUUUAUCCCAGCUUGAGAAAACCCUAGCAGAGUCCAAAGCCAAUGCCAACAUUGCUUCCAAUGUGAAUACGAGGGAUACUGUUGUAGCCAAACUGCAGGAUGAUAAAGUUAAUGCAGAAGGACAAGUAGCGUUCCUCAAUUCAGUUAUUGUAGAUAUCCAAAGGAAGAAUGAGGACCUCCAGGCACGAUUGCAGGCAAUGGAAUCUGGGGUGUUGAAUGGCUCCGAUCUUGGUGAGAGCCCUCCCCUGCGUCACUCUGCCCCACGCCUUUUUUGUGAUAUCUGUGAUGUGUUUGAUCUCCAUGACACUGAGGAUUGCCCGAAGCAGACGAUGUCUGAUUAUGAGACACCAGAACCACACCAUCCUGGAGUCAGGGGUGAAGAACGACCUUACUGUGAUAUCUGUGAAAGUAAAACAUACUGAUAAGUUGUAAUAGUGUUUGGACAUUGGACGGCCGAUUGUGACGAUGAGCAGACGUUCUGAGUAGAGGAGUAAACUCUAUUGAACAUUAUGUAUUCACAACAGCCUCUGGAAAUCAGCGAGGUAGAACUAUUAUCAGCUGUGACCACGUCUUCAAUCAGAAUGUUCACGGAAUAUUUCCCGAUGAUGUCCAAGUGCAACUCGGUCAUGUGGAAAACCUUGAUUAACAAUUCAGAUAUAACGGAACGUCUCACAUUGACAAUAUCAAUGACACUGUCUCGUAAAUUCUUUUAAAAUCCAGUCUUCAUUGGAUUUGUGAACUGCCAGUGUAGCUCGCAGUUCUUGUGAGCUACCCAUGUUAGCUUGCAGGUCGAAUGCAGCUUGGGUCUAUGCAAGAUAUGUGCGUUUAGCCCUUGUGAGCACUGAAGUAAUGGUUAGAUAGAGGACUGGUAACAUUUCAUUAUGAACUACUGCCAGAAAAAAAUUUUACUUUUAAACCUUUGGUUUUACUUAUUAUAGAUAUGGCUUUGAGAUUCGAAGGAAAUUUUCCACUUGAUAUCUUCCAGAAUUUUCUAUGAGAUUCAUUAUACUUGGGUAUUUGGAUCUGAUUUCUUAUGUCUUCUUCAAGUUAUGGAUUACCUAACCUUUCCUGUUUGUCUUGCUCAAGUUUCUAUUUCGUAAGAUUUAUAUUCUCCAUGCUCAUGCGUCAUUAUCUGUCCAGUUGUCUCGACGAGUCCUCACUGUAUUUCCUCAACAAGUCAAAAACCAAGUGUUGGAACUCUUGCCCUCAUGAUAACUUACAAAAAGGAACACAAACUCUGGCAAAUGGUUACCGUUUAUGACAACAGUACACGGUCAUUGUCUUUCAAGUUUAAUAGUAGUUCAGCGUCUAUGGUCCUGUGUGUGGCUUUUGUCAGUAAAGUCUGUCUAUUGGGAUUUCAUGAAAAUAUCGUGGCGAAUUUAAAUAUAUGGUUGUUAGAGGGUCUCUGGCUUUGUGUGGUGCAGUGUUAUGACUCACAGUUGUUCUAUCAAUUACACCAAGCCAGGGACUCUAAAAAUGUAGGUUGAUAAUUAAGGUCAUUUGUAUUGCAUGUGAACCAGUUACAUGUUGUUUAUGUCUAUGAAUGUGACUUCUCGUCUUCACUGUAUGCAAUGAUUAUGCAUGUUGAGGAAACCUAACUUGGACCCCACGAUACAGUUCAGAGCCUCUGAUAUGAAUUUAGCCCAAUUCACAUUUGAACUGGACAAAGCAGUGCAUGUGUGUACAUGUCAUGAGGUCAAUGCAGAAUCCUCAUGCUAUGAUCAAUGCAUAGAGGUUACAAGUCCUUGUCCCAGUUUGUGUAUUUGUGAUGUAAAUUUUUCCAUCUUUGCAAUCAUUUCAAUCAUUUCAAUGCAUGCAUCAUUCUAACUUUCAACCGUAUAGUCAUAUUCAUUUUGAAAAUAUUUAAGGGGAGCGUCAGCUUGCUUGUAUUUUUUCAAUUUUAUUGUAUAUUAGGGUCAGCAUUACCCAAAAUCUGCUUCUUAUUGUAAUUUUCUGUUCGAAUCGCUGAUAAAGAAGUACUUACCAGGCUAAUUGAACUACAUGUAAUCGGUCGCUCCUUCAAAUUGUCAGUGACUGCUAAGACAAUAGUGUCGCCAAUGUGACUGUUGCUAUAAAAAUGCCCUGGAAGCCCACUGCUCACAAGUGACUAGUGAUGACCAACAACAACUACUGGAUGCAAAUAGAUUUGGCUCCAGUAGCUGUUGACCCAGUCGCUGUCUUUGAUUAAGCCUCUGGUGUGGCAUGGUUCAAAAAGCUGCUCUUGUCGUUCUUCAACUAGCCUGUAAUAGUAUAGUCUAACUCAAAUUAUCAUCAGUUAAUUUUAAUGUAUAUAAUUAUUUAUUUAUUUAUUGUGCACCCUGCUGACAUUGCUUUUAACACUAGGUCACUGCAGUAAAUGCCAAUUUCUUUGCGAGCAUAAAGGUCUGUGCACUUCAUCACCAUGUUCAUUUGUCCUGGAGUUCCACAGGCGUGGGAUGUACAUAGGGAUGCAGUUGAGUAUUUGCCGAAUUCCAAUGCCUGUGGAAAACAGAAAUUGAUGAAGUGAAAAUGGCCGUGUGUGAAGGCUGUCAUUAUCUCAUCGAGGUAAUGGUAUUUGCAGUAGUUAUGUUAGAUUGUCAUGGGUGUUGGGGGAGACCUGCCACGUCACAACAAUAGUAGAAUGAAUAGAAUGCACAUAACCUUAGCCCUUGGACUGAGUCAGUGCAUGGGCUAAUUGCACAUCGCAUGGCAGAUCUCCUGUUAUCGAGGUUUGGGGUUGAGGUUAAUUCUUUUGAUAGAAUGAUAGGAUACUAUGCUUAACUUGUAAUUGUUCAUGCUGAAGUAACUCAGUUUGGUUUUUGGAGUUUCAACACUUGACAGACAUCGGUUGUUUUCAAUGAAAUUAUAAUAUAAGGUGGAUAUAUUGUUAAAGUAUUUUUUCUUAGGAAGUAACUUUUCUAGUCUGGUAUUGUUUUUGAGAGGAACUUGUUCAACCAAUUUGGCUGUCUGUCACGGUACCUGAUUCCCAACACCAAACUGAUUGAUAAAUUGUUAGUUAGUGCCUUUAAUGGAUUGUAGACUUAGAAGGUGGUCAGUGCGUUGGCCACUCAACCUCAUUAUCACUGCUUUAUUCCACUGCUAGACGAGCAUUUGAUACCAUGUUGUACAUAUUGUAUAUUUGUAUAAACUCAAUGUGUUUAUAGAUGAUCAACCUUUAUGUGUCGCCGAGGUUCAUAUUUUCCUGUUAUGUUGUGUAAUGCCAUCAUAAUAUGUAUGUAAAUCUGCUGACCACUUCAUUUCAUAUUGUGGUGGGUCAAAAUAAAGUGCUCAUUUUGGUAGAAAUA